CCAAGUCCAUCUCCCUGCCCCAGAAGGAGGCCAUCUUGCCAGCAAUUUUCCCAUGCCCUCACUUCGGGUUCCCAUGGUUGGGAACCGGAAGAAAUGAGCGAUGGUGAACCGGAAGUUGCUCUUUCUGCUGCGCCUGUCACCUACCGCAGAACACGUGGUGGUGACACACCAAAACCCAAUUGGCAUGCUUUUUCCCAAAGCAUCAUUCGGGAUUUAUGCAAGGCGCACAAGGAUUAUGGCAGGGAGAGCCCCUACUUCCGUGGCCUCCUCACUGCUGAUCUCGCAGGUUUUCAUGUUGUUCCUGCAGACCUCCGGCAGCUUUUCUCUUGCCUAAUGAAUGGCACAGAGUUUAAGCUCUGGGAGGCAGCAUUCAAACAGGCCCUGUGAGAGGCUAUGCCUCAGUUGCCCUUCCCAGCCAUCGAUGAACAGGGCAAUCCCCUUUCCCUUGAGUUGCUUCCUGGUGAAGGUACCUACGUUUCUCCUGAGUCCCAGGCAGCCCUAAUACCCUCGGCAGUCCUCUCCAUUAUAAAAGAUAUAGCCUGCAAGGCUUUCUUCUGUUUGCAGCCAGACGCACCAUCACCACCCUAUACCACCAUUAAGCAGGGACCUUCUGAAUCCUUCGUUGCUUUUGUAGAGCAGCUCACCAGAGCAGCGGAGAUUCAGGUUAAGACAGAGAGUGCACGGGAAGGUAUUAUAGGGGAGCUUGUUUUUGUCAAUGCUAACGACCUGUGUAGACAGGCAAUCUUAAGUCUUCCCCUAGAUCCGCCCCGCACUCUCCAGUCCAUGCUCCAGGUGUGCCAGAUGAAGGUGCCCUUCCUUGCCCGGAGGAACCCACCACCACCCUCCCAGGCAACUUUUCCGCCCAAGACUGUGCGUGCUGCAGACACAUCCCAACAGCCUCCACAUCGUCCGCCUCAGCGGCGACCCUCCUUCGGCAACCGCCCUGGUCGCUGCUUCUUUUGCAAAGAGGAAGGACACUGGACUACCAACUGCCCUAGGAGACCUUCACAACAGCGUUCUCCAACUACACCUCCGGGAACGCCGGUGCCUUCCCAGGCACAGCAAAAAAACUGAAGGGGGAGCGAGGGUCCACCCAGCGUGACGACCCCAAUCGGGUGGACCGGGCAGGGAACUCCAAAGGGGGUCAAUUGGAUGGACAUUUUAUACCGGACUUGACAUCACCUGAACUCGAAAUGGCAAAACCAAUUCUCACCACCUCUUCCUUUUUUGAACUCUACAGGUUGCAUCUCACCAGACCAUUGCACCUGACGGAUAGGGACUUUCAUUUCGUCACCAUAGACCCAAGGAAGUUACAUCGGUGGCCAAUGACCGGCGAAGUUUUGUUUUUCAGACCUGGACCCAAGAUGCUAAGCCUCCUGACCGUGCUCUUCCUGACCAAGCUGCUAAUAUUCACUCAGGCUUGGACCGUCCCACAGUCGCGAGCCAACGUGUGGGCUCUGCUCGCGGAAUUUAUGGGACAGAAUCACAUCUGUCUCAGUCAAGCAUCAGCCUCAGACCCGAUGUCCACAUGCCUCAUGGGGAUUCCCUUUAAACAGUGGGAAAUACCUGAAAGACUUCUCCAUUGUGCCCACUGCAUCAGUAAGACCCCCCAAUUUAAUCCUUUUAUUGGCUGGAGGAAUUUUGUGCUUUCCCUGCCAAAUAUGAGGGAGGAACCCCGAGAGCUGUGGCUCCUCGGAGCGACUGCAGCUCCCGCCUGCAUUCGUCUUACCAAUUUGGCCGACGCUUUAGACAACCGCACCAAGCACGUUUUUCAAUCUAAAGUGCUAGAUAGAGCCCACUCGUGGUGCAAGAAGUUGGCCAAGGGAGUUCUUCCUGUUGCCCUGGUUUUUCUGAGAUUUUUAAAAGCCUUCUACUUGCUUGUAAGAUGGAGUCAGUUCUUUAGCUACUGUUGUGAUAUUAAGGGUCAGUCUUUCACUUUCUCACGCUUUGGAACAUAAACAACCCUUCUUGUUUUUGUUCACUGUCCUUUGCUUACAUAUUUCCAGCCUGAAAAUAAUGUUGGUUGACAGCUGGUCUGGCCAGUGGGGUGAAGGGGUAGUAGCCCCAGGAGCCAAUGUGCUCCCAGACCCACAAGAUUAUAAAAGGAAAAGAAUAAACGGGCUGGGCCGUCUUUUCUCGGUGGGGAGCAGCUUUCACUGAAGACUCUGCCUCCGUGUUGUUGAUUAUUGCAUUCCAGGCAACAUCUUCCCCCUCAAAUUUACAACCACCCCAAAAGGUUACCCGAGGGAGUCUUUCUGAUCUGCAGAGAUCGGGCUUGGGUAGGUAUCCCCUCUCGUCUUUCUGGAGGUCCGUGCACCCUAGGAAAGGUAGGGCUGUUCACACCCAACAAGAUGCAAAUUACAGAUUGGAAAGAAAAGCAAAAGAGACAAAGUGGUGCACAUGGAUUGGCAGUUUCCAAAAGAGACCUUAGAAAAUUGGACCCAGAUUGCGAUUCGGAAAUUAUUUAUUGGAACAAAACUAAAGAGGUCGCAAUCACGAAUUUUGCCCCAUGGGUCUCCAUUGCUAAGGCCGUGGGGGAAUUGGGACAUUUAAAAUGUUGGGUGGUGAAACAAGCAAAUUUAACCUCCAGAACCCUAUUCAACCUCCUGCAGGAUGAGGAAAUAAUGAGGCAAGCUUCCCUCCAAAAUCGGGCAGCCAUAGACUACAUCAUACUUCUCCACGGUCACACGUAUGAGGAGUUUGAGGGUCUAUGUUGUUUUAAUCUGUCAACUCGGGCUGAGAACACUUGAAAACUCAUUGCACAGAUGCAAGAUAUGAUCAGUGACAUCAAAAGAGAGACAGGUGAUUGGAUGAGCAACAUUUUUAAAGGUUGGGGUUUAUCUGGAUGGGCCGGGUCCAUUUUAAAAACAUGUCUGUUGAUUUUGUUUAUUAUUUUAAUUGUUUGUCUUGCUUUCGGACUAAUCAGGAGAUCGUUAAUUAAGUUAGUUUUAAGUUCCACAUCUGCCCCCUCUCCGGCUGCUGCUCGGGUCGCCAAGGCCACGGCUCCUGAAGACGAGUUGAAGGAGCUUGAGAAGGAGCUUGAGGAAGAAGGUGAUGGUGAAAGCCUCGCAGACGAUUAGUGGCCAACCCAACAACCUUGAUUCGCCAAAUGUUACCUGGACUCUGAGCAUCUGCCGGACCCCCCUCAGUUUCAUUCUUUUUAGUAAAAAGAAAAUGGGGAGAUGUGCCAGUGUGUUAAUUUAAUCAGUUAUGCUUUGUAUAAUUUUGUACUCUUUUAGUUCUCUGUACCCCACCCCCGAUUGUUCCUUUGUUUAACUCACAUGACUCCUGUACCUGUUAUGCAGCACACGGUUAGCUGCCUGUUAUUUCUCCCGCCUUUGUAAAAUCCCGCCCACUCUCUCCUGAUUAGCCCAAAAUAUGUUCCCCUACCCCCAGAUCCCCUGGCAACCUGCCCUGGUUGGCUAGCAGCGGCUGACCACCCCCUUUGUCCCCCCCUCCGACUCCCUCGGACAAAAACCCCCUGCACCCCCCUCCACCCGAACAGUCCCGGGCUGGAGAGGUGUUUGUAAUAAACCCUCUGUUCGUCUGGAAUUUGUUUCCUCCUUUCCUUCCACUGCCUGUCGAAUCUCCAUCUCUCACAAGCCUCUGCUAGGCAAAGAACUCACAGGAGUCAGUACUGCCUGCGUUGCUCGCAGACUGACCCCCCCCUACGGCGCCUGUCGCUGCUCUGGGCUAGCCGUGACAGAGCCCGUCGGCUCUCAGUGAGCACAUCGACAAAAAGGGUGAGAUGUCACCAUGAGAUUCUACUAGUUGCUGAGCGUUCAUAUUAAAGUAGAAGGUUUGCACCUUCUCACGCUCCUUUCAUGUAAACACCAGCUGUGUUCUAUAAACAUAGCCAUUGUUUUCACAUUCCUUGCUGGGACAAACAAGACUGUGUGACAGUCCCCUUGACCAAUGCGGUGAGAGGUGGGAAUGCCCACUCUCCAAUCCAUGGUCAUCUUGCUAGAAGUAUAAAAUAGGAAGUAAUAAACAAAGCAGGAGGAUUUUCCCCCUGCUGCACUGAUCUCCCCAAACUCCGGACUCCGUGUGUCUUUGUGGCGAGGCUCACAGAGACAGAUGUAGUUGUAUUUUAGGUAAUAUUUCACGUGCCUUCGGUGUAUGUUUUGUAGUUAUUAAGGGCUGUUGUUUCACUUUGUGGUUUUUGCCUUUGUGGUGAUUGGGAUCGUGUAGAUUUUUUUGGGAGUCAGAUAUCUUUUUAUUGAUAUUUUAUUAAUUUUAUCAUUCUUAUUAUUCCUUUUUUCUUUCUAGGUUACAUCCUACAGGUAUCAUGGGCCAACUGAGUGAACGAUGGUCCAAUCCUGCACAUCCUGCAAUGGGUCUCUGCCCCUUCAAACAUCUCAUGCAUUUUUGCAUUUAAAAAAAAAAAAGGUCAACUCAGGUUGUCCAAAUAAUUGGAAAAAUAAACCAGUUUGCUGUUGCAGGUGUGAUGCAAGGACCACUGUCUUUUGCUAAAAGGCAGGAAAAGCCCUUGUUAUCUGAAAGGAUGAUUCCUAGAGUUAUGAAUCUUGACAAAUUUGACUGCCAGUUUUGAGCAAGCUAAUGAUGUUUUGGUUUUUUCUGUAUUAUAAUUAGUAAAUAGCUAAGCUUGACGCUGGUGCAUGGACAUGGUUGUGAAGGGUCAACACCGAAUGCCAGAGAACUUCCCUGACCAUUUAAGUUGGUGCCCAAUGGAAGUUCUAUUUAGUGAUUGCUUGAUUACUAAUGGGACUUCUGGUGUCAUGUUUGUCUUUUUUUCUCUUGCAAGGGCCUGCAGGAGAGGACAGAGACACAGAUGCUGCCCUCAGCAAAAACUAAAAGGGGGAGAUGUGGGGCUGACAUUGGUCUGAAUUGAGGCUUCAGGCUCUGCCAGUGUCUGUGAAAGGCAAGUGAGCAACUUUCUCAUGUUAGCCUGAGAAAUCUUAAGGAGGAAUUCAAACAAACCUUGGGAAGUGAGAAACCAUCUGCAGGUGGUGUUUUUUCCAACAUGUUUACUGGCAAAAGAAAUGUUUACAAAAGGGUGUAGACGCUGAAUAACCAAUCAUGUUCUUUGUACCGAACUACUCUAUAAAAGUAGAAUUUAGAAGAAUAAA